AUGGCGAUUGAGAUCACUGAGCUGGAAAAGGUUGAAAACUCUGGAUUAUCUGUAAAUGGAAAUGAUGAACUGCUAGAUGAUGAUGGCAAGCCAAGAAGAACAGGGACAGUAUGGACUGCAACUGCACAUAUAAUAACAACAGUUAUUGGAGCUGGGGUGCUUUCUUUGGCCUGGUCCAUGGCUCAAUUGGGAUGGAUCAUAGGUGUUUCUUCCAUCUUUGUAAUUGCCAGUGUUACACUCUACACUUCCAAUCUUCUAGCUGAUUGUUACAGAUCACCACAUCCUGUCACUGGUAGGAGGAAUCACACUUACAUGGAGACUGUGAAAACCCACUUAGCAUCAAUUACGUCUUUUGGUUAUGCAUUUAUUGGCGUUGGACUUUCUGUUGCUACCAUCAUUCAAGGGAGUGAAACAGGAAGAGAAAGGAGUACCUUUUUGUUUGGGGGAAGCAAGGAGCAACACAUUGCAGACAAAGUAUGGAAUAUGCUGGUGGCACUAGGAAAUAUUGCACUUGCCAGCAAUUACGCUGUAAUUGCUAUAGAUGUCCAGGACUCUCUAAAGUCAUCACCACCGGAGAAUAAAGUGAUGAAGACGGCGAACAGGAUAGGAAUGUUGACGAUGGUAAUCAUCUUUCUGUCAUCUGCUUGCUCUGGCUAUGCAGCGUUUGGCUUUCACACUCCUGGUAGCAUCCUUAUGAGCUCUGGAUUUAAAGACCCUUUUUGGCUUGUUGACUUGGCCAAUGCCUUCAUCGUUGUGCAUCUAGUUGGAGCAUAUCAGAUAAUUACCCAACCAAUUUUUGGUGUGGUGGAAACUUGGGCUAAACAAAGGUGGCCAGAAUCAAAAUUUGUGAGAAAGGAGUACACAAUCAACAUUGGAAAAAUGAAGUUUAGCUUGAAUUUAUGUAGGGUGGUUUGGAGGACCAUGUUUGUGAUGGUGGCAACCAUUUUGGCCAUGGCAAUGCCCUUUUUCAAUGAAAUGCUUGCCUUUUUGGGGGCUACGGCGUUUUGGCCCUUGGUCAUCUAUUUUCCAGUUGAAAUGUUCAUUGCCAAAGAAAGGAUGAAGAAAAGAACAAUUAAAUGGUUUGGACUUCAAACAAUGAAUGUUUCUUUCCUGAUAUUGUCAAUGGCUAUUGCAUUUGCAGCUAUUCGAGGGUUGGGCGAAGCUCUUCUUAAAUACAAACCCUUCAUGUAUAAAAUGUAG